AUGUCACGUAUCUAUCUAUCUAUCUAUCUAUCUAUCUAUCUAUCUAUCUAUCUAUCUAUCACAUUCUUCUGUUCGUUUCUAUCUAUCUAUCUAUCUAUCUAUCUAUCACAUUCUGAUCAGAUCUAUCUAUCUACCUAUCUAUCAAUAUAUCUAUCUCAUUUUUCGUCAUAUCUAUCUAUCUAUCUAUCGUUAUCAUUCUCUUCAUAUGUAUCACAGUCUGUUCGUAUCUAUCUAUCUAUCUAUCUAUCUAUCUAUCUCAUUCUGUUCAUAUCUAUCUAUCUCAGUCUGUUCACAUCGAUCUAUCUAUCUAUCUAUCUAUCUAUCUAUCUAUCUAUCUAUCUAUCUAUCGUUAUCAUUCUCUUCAUAUGUAUCACAGUCUGUUCGUAUCUAUCUAUCUAUCUCUCUAUCUAUCUAUCUAUCUAUCUCAUUCUGUUCAUAUCUAUCUAUCUAUCUAUCUAUCUAUCUAUCAAAUCCCAUCUAUCUAUCUAUCUAUCAUUCAUCUAUUCUAUCUAUCUAUCUAUCUAUCUAUCUAUCUAUCGUUAUCAUUCUCUUCAUAUCUAUCAUCAGUCUGUUCGUCUAUCUAUCUAUCUAUCUAUCUAUCCCAUAUCUAUCUGUCUAUUGAUCCCAUUCUAUCUCAUUCUGUUCAUAUACAUAUCUAUCUCAGUCUGUUCACCCAUUCAUAUCUAUCUAUUGAUUCUAUCUAUCUAUCUAUCUAUCUAUCUAUCUAUCUAUCUAUCUAUCUAUCUAUCUAUCAAAUGUUCAUUCAUAUCUAUCUUAUCUAAGCCCAUCUAUCUAUCUAUCUAUCUAUCUAUUGAUCUAUCAAAUUCAUAUCUAUCUAUUGAAGCCCAUUCGUUCAUCUAUCUAUCUAUUGAAGCCCAUUCUAUUCAUCUAUUCUAUCUAUCUAUCUAUCUAUCUAUCUAUCUAUCUAUCUAUCUAUCUAUCUAUCUGUCAAAUCCCAUUCAUAUCUAUCUAUCUAAGCCCAUUCGUAUCUAUCUAUCUAUUGAAGCCCAUUCGUAUCUAUCUAUCUAUCUAUCUGAGCCCAUACAUAUCUAUCUAUCUAGUUCAUAUGUAUCUAUCUAUCUAUCUAUCUAUCUAUCUAUCUAUCUAUCUAUCUAUCUGUCAAAUCCCAUUCAUUCAUUCUAUCUAUCUAUCUAUCUAUCUAUCUAUCUAUCUAUUGAAGCCUAUUCUAUCUAUCUAUCUAUCUAUCUGAGCCCAUAUCAUCUAUCUAUCUAUGUAUCUAUUGAAGCUAUCAUUUCAUAUCUAUCUAUUGAAGCUAGUUCAUAUCUAUCUAUCUAUCUAUCUAUCUAUCUAUCUAUCUAUCUAUCUAUCUCAUUCUGUUCAUAUCUAUCUAUCUCAGUCUGUUCACAUCGAUCUAUCUAUCUAUCUAUCUAUCUAUCUAUCAAAGGGCGGAUGAUCCUUCUUUCGCAGUCAACAGUCAACAAUCCACCAUUUCAGAAAACAGCGAAUGUCGUUAUAUUCAAUGUUUUUUUCUUUCUCUCUUUACCCAAUUACACAUCUAUUCCUUUUCUCUCUCUCACUCUCUCUCUCUCUCUCUCUCUCUCUCUCUCUCUCUCUCUCUCUCUUAUCGUACGAUAG